UGAAACCUACCCUAAGCUCCUUUUAUCUCCACUUUAGAGGUAACCCCGAUUAUUGCUGACUUAAGCAUCGGAGUGUCUACCCCGAGGUCCACCUCGGGGCUUUGCAGGUCAUUCCGAAGUGCAGUUGCGGAUUGUAGAAGGACUUCUGGUUCGUUGCAAUUACAUUGGCGCCGUCUGUGGGAAUCGAAUUGAAAGCUUUCUAGUUGCUCUUCCAUCAUGGUCCACACUCGAUCAGUCAGACCUGGUAAUUCAUCUCUGCCUCAUGGGCAGGGUCAACCCCCCAACAACCUUCCACCUCUGAUCCCAACUCAGCUUCCACCUCAGCUUCCACCUCAGCUUCCACCUCAGGUCCCAGUUAUUUUCCCUCCUGUUGAUCAUGCAGAAGGAGGAGAUGAAAAUCAACCUCAUGCCUCAGCUCAUAAUUCAACUUCCACUGCCAAUCAAGACGUAGUGACAGCUCAGCUUGCUGCCAUGCAGCAGCAGUUUGGUGUUUUUCAGUUGAAUCCUCAACCGGUUCAACCUGCUCCUGCUAUUAGCGAGUCUCAGGCUCAAUCCCAUAUUGCACCCGCUCAACAACCUAUCCCUGAUGAUGUUACUCGCCGCCUCGAUAGCCUGGAAAAGCUAGUAGCUGAACACCGAGGUGAUCCACCCCCACACCAUGCUGCUGAUUCUAUACCUCACCCAUUGAAUACCAACAUCACACUGGAACCCUAUCCUUCUGGCUUCAAGAUACCACAACUGGAGACUUAUGACGGGACGAAGGAUCCCGAUGACCAUCUGCAUGCUUUCAACUCCUGCAUGCAAGCUCAGAACGCCUCUGACGCGUUGAUGUGCAAGAUCUUCCCCUCUACUUUCCGAGGUAACGCCCGAACUUGGUAUUACAGUUUACCUCCGAGGUCAAUUAGCUCGUAUACAGAAAUGGCAUCUGCCUUUGCCACUAAGUUUUCUAGUAGAAGGUUGAUUAGGAAAACUACUUCUGAGUUGAUGCGAGUUAAACAGAGGGAUGGAGAAUCUCUGAAGAACUAUAUGAGCAGGUUUAAUGAUGCAGUCUUGGAGGUUAGUUCUUUUGAUCAAGCCGUGGGAAUAGCAGCUGUGAUUGCUGGUCUCAAGCAUGACAGAUUCAGAGACAGUUUGAUCAAACAUGCCGCCACCACCUUUAGCGAGGUGAAUGAUCGGUCUCUCAAGUUUAUAACCGUUGAGGAGUAUGCCCUGGCGCAAAAUCAACCCCCCUCUAAGAACCAGAACCCAGAAUGGAGAGACGACAAUCCGAGCCGAAAAAGGAUGAGGAUGGCGCAGAACCGAGGUCUGAUAUUGACCUUCCCACCGAGAUUCGGAAGGCCGAACUCAACACCCCAGCAACAGUCUGCAGGUAAACCUCCAGUUAAUUGGACUCCCUUUAAUCUGCCGAGGUCACAAAUUUUUAUGCAGAUUAAGAACAAAAUGGAUUUGAGACGUCCUAGCCCAAUGCGAACUGCUGCUGCUAGUCGAGACCACACUAAAUAUUGUGAUUUUCAUCAAGAUCACGGCCAUACUACAGAGCAGUGCAAUAGCUUAAAGUUCGAACUGGAAAGUUUAGCUCAGAAGGGAAUGCUGAAUGAACAAGGUGUGGGAUAUCAGCAAGCCCCACCUCCGCUCCCACCACCAGCUAGAAUCAUACAUAUGAUUACGGGAGGCCUUGAAGCAGGAGGACUGAGCUCUAAACAGCGAAAGCUGUAUGUCAGAGAGUUUAAGCAUCAAAACCGAGCUCAGAAGCGGAAGAUUGACGAUGCUGAGUGGAAGAAUCAACCCAUUACUUUCACAUCUGCUGACCUCGACACUGUCGUUACACCCCACAAUGAUCCUCUGGUCACUUCUGUCAUGAUUAAUAACUGUGAAGUACAGCGUAUCCUUGUUGACACCGGGAGUGCACCAGACAUCAUGUACUUCCACUGUUUCAAGAGUCUGGGUUUAGAUCCAGCAUUGUUGCAGAAAUAUGAUGGUCCUAUCUAUGGUUUCAACAACCAACCUGUCCCGGUAGAAGGCGUUCUUACCCUUCAUGUGGCUUUUGGGAGUGGCCGGACCUAUGUAACCCCUUCAGUCCGUUUCCUCGUCGUCAAGAUGGCGUCCUCUUUCAACAUUGUUAUUGGCCGACCCACAUUGACUGAAAUCCGAGCUGUGGAGGUGGCCAGACACUGUUACAUCACCUCGGUCACACAACCAACGAAGGGCAAAGAUAAGACACCCGAGGUCAUUCCUCAGAGAAUCCCUGAUAAUCAGCAAGUUAUGGGAGUAGAGAUUGUUGAUAAUCGACCGGAUGAUGAAGCCAGAGCUGCUUCGGUCGAAGAUGUUGAAGAAGUGCUCGUCGAUGACAGAGAUCCGAACCGAAAGACGCAGAUCGGAACUAGAUUGAACUCGGAGGAGAGAGCAGAACUGAUAGCUUUUCUCCGAGCUAAUAAUGAUGUAUUUGCAUGGACUUCGGCCGAUAUGCCAAGAAUUCCAACUUCAGUAUGUCAACAUAAGCUCAUUACCAACCCAUUGAAGAAACCAGUGGCCCAGAAGCGGCGUCUCUUCGGGGGGGAGAGGCUCCAGACUAUCAAAGAAGAAGUGGAAAAGCUCCUACAGGCUGGUUUUGUCAGGAAAGUUGAUUACUGUGAAUGGGUGGCUAACCCAGUUCUGGUGAAGAAGGCAAAUGGUAAAUGGCGAAUGUGCAUUGAUUACACAAACCUUAACAACGUCUGCCCCAAGGAUUGCUAUCCGAUGCCGAGCAUUGACAAAUUAGUCGAAGCGGCUUCAGGUAAUGAGAGGUUAAGCCUCUUGGACGCAUAUUCUGGGUAUCACCAGGUGCCGAUGGCUCCCGAAGACGAAGAAAAGACCUCGUUCUAUGCUGGCGAUGAAAUUUAUUGCUAUGUCAUGAUGCCGUUUGGCUUAAAGAACGCCGGUGCUACUUAUCAAAAAAUGGCAGAAAACCAUCUAGCCGACCUCGAUGAAACCUUUAACAACCUCAUAAAGAACAGGAUGCAGUUAAAUCCAACCAAAUGUAUCUUCGGAGUGGAGUCUGGAAAGUUUUUAGGUUUCAUGGUGUCCCGAAGAGGGAUUGAGGUCAAUCCAGAGAAGAUCAGAGCAAUUGCCGAGAUGGAACCACCGAAGUCAGUUAAAGAUAUACAGAGGUUGACUGGAAGGUUCAACUUUGAUGCGACAAAUAACAUGGCUGAGUAUGAAGCUCUGCUACUUGGUCUACAACUAGCAUUGGAGUUGAAAAUCUGUGCAAUCCAAGUAUAUAGUGACUCUCAGCUGGUAGUAAACCAAAUCAACUCAAUCUGUGAAGUCGUUGAUCCUGUGAUGGUGAAAUAUGCAGCCUUGGUGACCGAGCUGAAAUGCAAGUUCCAGAAAUUCUGUUUGAAUAAGAUCCCUCGAGCUGAGAAUGAACAGGCAGAUUCACUCUCCAAGUUUGCCUCUGAUAGCUCUUUAAGCUCCAGAUCUGUUUUUGUAGAGGUCCUAGAUGAACCAAGCUUCAUGAAGCCUCGGGUAAUGGAGAUUAGCACAGACCCUGACAUGCCGAGCUGGACUGAUUCGAUUGUCUCCUUUUUACGAGAUGGGAUCGUACCUGAGAACAGACAGGAGGCAAUGAAAUUGAGGAAGAAAGCAUCCCGAUAUACACUCGUUGAUGGAGUCCUGUAUAAGAGAUCUUUCUCACUUCCUCUUCUAUGGUGUUUAAGCCCUUAUGAAUCUGAAUAUGCACUUUGGGAGGUGCACGAAGGUGUAUGUGGAAGCCAUGUUGGUGCCAGGACUCUGGCUCACAAAGUCUUACGGCAAGGAUAUUAUUGGCCAAACAUGUACAAAGAUGCCACUUACUUUGUUCAGAAAUGCCCGAAAUGUCAAUUCUUCGCACAUCUGACUCACCAACCAGCAGAAGAACUCACGAACUUGGUAGCACCGUGGCCAUUUGCUCAGUGGGGACUGGAUCUCUUAGGCCCAUUUGUGAAAGGGGUUGGUGGUGUCACCCAUCUGAUUGUUGGUGUGGAUUAUUUCACGAAGUGGAUUGUGGCUGAUAAUGGAACUCAAUUUAAUUGCUCCUCAUUUCGAGAUUUCUGCUCUAGUUAUGGGAUCAAGUUACAGUUCACCUCCGUUUACCAUCCGGAGUCCAAUGGCAUGGUUGAAUCUGUUAACAAAUGCAUUCUGGAAGGUAUAAGGCCGAGAUUGGAGCAGCAUAAGGCCAAGUGGGCAGACGAGCUCAACAACGUCCUAUGGGCAUACAGAACCACGAGCUGAACUGCCACAGGUGAAACACCCUACCACCUGGCCUUUGGUA